AUUCCAUCUUUGAAAAGAAGAAACUUGGAGAAGAAUGUUGGACAACAAUGAAAGGACUGAAUUUGUAAGAUUACUCAAGGAUAUCCAUCUUGGGGAUUGGAAUGCCCUAAAACACUUGGACUAUAUAACUGAAAUAAAAUUUCCUGGUGGUUUCACUGUUCUCCAUAUUGCAACUAUUGCUGGUCACUUGAACAUUGUUGAAGAAUUGGUUAAGACAGUAGGAGUACACUACUUGGAAAAUCAAGAUGACAGUGGAGAUACAGCUCUUUCCCUUGCUGCUCGUUAUAAUGGAAAAGUGAAGAUUGCAGAAUGCUUGGCUCAAAAUAAUCAUAAAUUGCUUACAAUUCAGAAUAAGGAAGGAUAUAUACCACUUGUGGUGGCAUGUAUCAACCGCCAGAAGGAUAUGGCAUCCUAUCUCUACUCCGUAACUGAGUUUGAAUUCUUACUUCCAGAAAAUAGCAACCAGGGUACCUUGUUCGUCAAAUAUUGUGUACUCAAUUUCAUGUUUGAUGUUGGUCAAGAUCUGUUCUUUCAUUGUCCGCGCUUGGCAACUAGUGGAGAAUCCAUUACCAUUUCGGAAUUGUCUGUUCAUCCUUAUCUAUUCUCCAGCAAAUUACCGUUUAGAGUCGUCAUGGAUGAGUUUUUGUAUAAAUGUCUAGAUGUUGUAGAGUUGCCGUCUCCUUCUGACGACGCUGGAAGUAUAAGUAGACUCGAAAUCUUCAAAAGACAGGUAGCACGGGUUAGAGUAACGGAUAGAAUAUUGGGACUCUUUUUCUUUCUAUUCCAUAAACCUGGUACACUGAUGCGCAUAUACCAUCUGAAAUUAACCCAUGCGUAUGUCACUUUGGUUCUGCGUCACCGGUGCAAGGAAAUAUCUACCUACAGGAAUGCCACACAACUUGUUGAAAGUGGAGCAAUCUCAGCGAUCUUCCAAGCAAUCAGGAGUGGCACAGAGGAGAUUGUGAUUCAGAUUCUUAAAGCAAACCCAGAUUUAACUUGGUGCAAUGAAAAGCUUUCAAGAGAAAUACUCAUCUGUGCAAUCAAGUGUCGUCGACGAGGUAUUUUAAGGUUUCUUUACAGGCGUGAUGUAGGGAAGAAAGCACUUCUUUGUUUAAGAGAUGAAGAUGGAAACAACGCGUUGCAUUUAGUAGCCAAGUUACCUGACCGUAAUCUUUCCAAUGAUGUCAAUUUCACUGCAGCUCGGUCUAUGACCCUCGAAGAAAAGUGGAGGUUCAGAGUUACCUUCCACGCUGGUAUCGAGAAGCCAAAAAUCUAUAUGGUGAAACUCCAUCCCAAGUUUUCCGCAGGGAACACCAUAAAUUGGCAAAAGAAAUGGAGGAGUGGGCAAAGAAAACUGCAGAGUCUUAUAGUCUCGCAUCUAUUUUAAUUGUUACCAUUAUGUUUGCAGCACUCUUUACAGUUCCUGGCGGGAACAAUCAAGACACCGGCAUCCCCAUAUUAUUGCACAGAAAAAUGUUUUCUGGGUUUCUAAUAUGUGAUGCAGUGUCCUUCGUUACUGCAUCAACUUCAUUUUUGGGAUUCCUGAGUGUACUCACAAUAUCCUAUAGUAGAGGGGUUCGUCACAGCGCUAGGUCCUUUCAUAUGCUGUUUGCCAUUUCCACACUCAUCAUUUCAAUAAUAACCAUGAUCCUGGCCUUCAUGUUUGCUCUUACGAUGAUGUUAGACAACAAGUGGCAGGUACUACCAGCUAUUAUAAUAUACCUGCUUGUAGUGUUCUCUGUCAUUUUGUUUGACUGGCAACUUCCCAGACUUUUAAAUCUUUUUAUCAUGAUGGUUUUUGAUUGAUGAAUCUUUUGAGAAAUAGUCUAUGGACGGCAAUUGAAGAGUGUUUGACGGUGUCAAAGUAUUUGUAUUUAUUUUUAUUUUGGUAAUGUUCUCCUUUAUGUUAGAGACAUUUUGUGAAAAUAAUUUGGUGUUCAGAUUUGAUAUGUUUAAUUAAUUGUAAGUACUUGC